CCCUUUGACCAGAAGUAGUCUUCCGGUACCCUGAUUCAGCGAUGGUUGCUACUAGUGUUUACUGGGAGUCGAGAUUGAACAAUAUUCGUGUAAGUGUUGCUGUGAAAUCUCUUCCUCGAUGUCAGUAAAUCUGUUUAUUAAUCCACCAAGAGCUUCAUCAACCCGAGAGGUUUACAGUAGACGGCGGCUAAAAGCGCUGUGGAUGUGACACUACUUCCUGUGUAGGAAGUGUGCAGACAAUACACCCACAGUCCCUUUGGAUACAUCGCUGUAAACCUUUAGUUCAGCUGAACAGCCGCUGAUAAAGUUUGUCUGCAGGAUGACACAAAACGAGCACUUUCAAAUGGUCUUCCAAAUGUUCAAAGACGUGGUUUCCGUCCCGGUCCCCACUACCGGUGUUCUAACAGUGGCACUAAUAUCAUGUGCAAUGUUUGGCAUCCAAACAUAUUUUAACUUCACUGAAGGUGUCUUAAGCAUUGGUGCCUGUGUUUUUCAAAAUGGACACCUCUACGGGAUCUUGCUGUUCCCUUUUUACCACAAAACCUUCGCUCAGCUCCUCCUGAGCAUCGCGACCCUGCCGUUGCUCAGUGGCAGUCUGGAGAAAGGGUUUGGUACUCUGCGUUUCCUGUUGUUGUUCCUCCUGAUGUCGACCACCAUAGGCUCCAUUUACAGCUUCCUGGAUUACAUACAGAUUGACAGCAGCCCUAUUCCCGCAGAGGGCCUGCUUCCUGUGGCCCUGGCAUGUGUGUCUGCAAUCACCAAGCGCACUAAAAUGACAAGAAGUUUCCUGUGUGGAGUGAGUUUCCCCACCAUGGCUCUCCCCUUGGUGUUACUCAUAAUCACCACGGCCCUGGUUCCUCACAGCGUGCUGACCUGUAACGUCCUGGCCAUACUGGUUGGGUGGAUGUAUGGGAAAGGAUGGUUCUCUGCUCUGGACUUGUCUGAAGCCAGGGCUGGCGUUGUGGAGAAGAUGGUGCCUUUCAGGUGGUUGAGGAGCAUCAGAGGGGUUAUGUUUGUCCCUGCUUCCAGGGAGGAGCGGAAUAAGACCCUCCUUCCACAAAUCAACCCCACUCCUGGGUCCUACCCGGUCCAGGCUUACGCUCCAGUGUCCAGCAUUAACACUGCUGGUACCACGGCCGAGUCUUACGAAGGCUGGCCAAAUUUGACCGGUACUCUGUCCGGUCACAGUCCACCUCCCAACCCUCUUGCCUCAGCACAUGGUUUUGGACUAAGUCAUGGACACCCACAGCAGAACAUUGGCCACAGCUGCAACCAUAGUCACGGUCAACUUUAGCCAUUGUUAUUAAUUGGAUUGGCUUUACACAUUCCAGCUGUACAGGUUGUUAUUCCAUCAAUGCUGCUCUUAUUUAUCACUAUUGAACACCUGCAGCGUCUCUUGUCACUGGAUUAUGUUGUCUACGUGAAAUGCUUGGCCACGUGGUUGAAAUGUGUUUGCUGUGCUUCUACUGUUUUUGUGGUAGCCUGUGUAAUUACAGGAUAUUUCUAAUGUUAUGUGUCUUUUGUACAGUAAUGUAUUUGUUUUGUAGUUAUUUCUGCUAAUAAAUGUGUACAAAAAUCUUAAGAAAA